AUGUUGUUUACCAGUGACAACCUCCGCUCCAAGCAACCCAUUUUGGCAUUUGGACUUCACUCACUUCGACUGAUUGGCUUGUGGGGUGACCGGAGCCGGUUGUACCGCUACGCUCUGUCAGUGCUUAGCAUUGUAAUUAUACUGCUGCCGAAAGCAACCCUCGGUUCCGGCCGGGCCGAAUACGAUUCCUUCGCCCGGAACGUCGCAGAAUUCGUGUUUUUAGCUGAAAAUUGCCUGUCCAUUGGAAUUUUCGCCUCUCGCCGAAAGUCUUUCGAGCGGUUGAUUGAUGUCUUGGAAAGGAUUUUCCAGCGGGAAUGGUCCGAACCAUUGCGAGACGAAAUUAAUCGGUUAAACCGGCGACUGGAUUUCGUCGCUCGGUUGUACGCUUUGUACGUGUUGAUUUCGGUGAUUUUGUUUCUGGCCGUACCAGUUCUGCUUUCAGUGUUUAAAGUAAUCAUGUAUAAUGCAGAUGAAAGAAGCGACUUCACUUUGAUAAUGGAAGUGCAGUUCUACGGAUUGGAUAUCCGACGAAAUUUUUGUCACUAUUUGAUCUACACGAUAUUUUGCUGCUUUGCUUCAGUUUCUUCCGCCUACGAAAGUUCGAUUAAAGGAACAGUGUUUCUGAUUAUACUGCAGUACGGUUCACAGUUGUUUGAGCUCGUGUCGAAGAGGAUUUCAAAUUUGAAGCAGAUCAGUGAGGGCGUUGAACGUAACCGAGAGCUUCGGAAGAUCAUCGAAUUGCACAAUUUCGCUUUGGAUUAUUUGCGGCACCUGGAAGCAACCGUCAGCUUUGUGCUGAUCAAUCAAACUCUGAACUGCAUUUUCAUUUGGUGUCUGAUGUUAUUUUAUGUUUCAACGAACUUUGGUCCAGAAGCAAUGAAUGUCAUUUUACUUUUUGUCGUGUUACUUGUCGAGAUGGCUGUUUGCUGUAUCAAUGGAACAAUGAUAAGCGAGAAGGCUGCCCAAGUAGGGCACGCGAUGUAUCAGCAUCCUUGGUAUAAUGACUGUGUAGAAUUGCAGCAAACUUCGAGAUUUAUUAUUCAACGGGCACAAAAACCUACCGGACUAACCGCAGCCAAAUUUUACUUCGUAAAUAUACAACGAUUGGGAUCGAUGUUUCACGCUACCUACUCGUAUUAUUUGAUAUUGAAAAAGCGAUUCUAAUAGUUAGUUUUAGCGCACAAAAUUUAAAAAAGAACUAGUAAUUGAAUAAGGCCACAAAUAAAUAGGAUAACAAAUGGACCUUCAUGCACAUUCAUGGUUAUUUGACAUUUUAGAAUCGAAUAGGGCUAAUUAUCAUAAUAAUCGACAAUUAACAUUAGCAUGAAGAUAAAGAGAAAUAGUAAGUAACGGAUACAUUCUAUGCUAAAUACAUGAAAACAACCGUUAUCUGAGCUGACGAAGAAAAAAUGGAUACUGGAAAUUUGGUACAUCGCUUCCUCUAAACUCUAGAAAUGUUCCAAAGAAUUAACAAAUAUUCGUUAAAAAAUCAUAACAAAAAACUACGAUCCCUAUGAAAAUAAUAUCAAAU